UAUGAGCAAAGAGGAAGACCGUUCGGAGUAAUGGCGGGCACGAAAGUGGCGUUUCGUGACACUUUUCCAAUCGGUGAAAAUUAAAACGUUCGAUAACGCGGAAAAGCGUUGUGAUCCACGGGGAAGAAUAUUGUUGUUCGACUUUCACCGAUUACCCUUAGAAAGUGAAGGACCGUCGAUACCUAUGUUCCAUUCUGUUAGGUAGCCAUAUUACUAUACCGUAUCGUGUCGUGUCGUAUCGUGCCGUAUCGUAUCAUAUCCGUAUCACGUUGUACCGUGAAGUAUCAGUUCCCUGAGAAGAUCUUCGAGUUAAAGUGAUUGAACACCGUGUGCUAUCGGACGAAAUUGUUAAAGCGCGCGAUCGAUUAAGAUGACUCGGUCGAACGUGUUCGAGUUAACCUAUCGCUCAGCCGAAUCGAAGCGUCGAUUCGAUUGACACAAGUGCUUGCGGAAGACGGACGACCGCUGUCCGAACGUGGUAGUCGGUGCACGAAGAAAUUCAAUGCGCGCAUCGUGUCGUGUGCACGAAUUGUCUGCAGUUCCCCGAGUCAUGCGUUCGUCGAGACACGCAUUGGUAAAAAGGAUAGCUCGGAAAAUGGAAUAUCGAAGAGGAUGGUGCCUUCGAAAGAGGCUCUCGUCGGCCAGCGAAACGACAUCCGUUGCGAACGGUGUUUUGCCAAAUAUGCAUUGACUGCUAUUUCUCUCGAUUCGCUCGCUCGAAGCCGUUGGUGAGCGACCUUUUUCACGGUGCGAGAAAAAUCAACGAGUGCAGAUUCGUGAAACGAUUCAACUUAUUGGUGUUACACGACCAACGGCGACGACGGAGGCGCUGCAAGCACCCGAUGCGCGACGCUUCCUAUCAGAGGAGACGGCACAAUGGCUGAGGACCGAAAUAAUUCCCAAGGGUUGAUCGGACAGGCGCACACGACAGAACGCGGUUCGCCUCCGCCACCUGCACCAGCUGCGCCGACCACGGUUUCCACAGGAGUCGGAACUGGACCUCGAAGCGUUCGUCGGGACGACUCUCCGCCUCGCGGUCCUCGAACUUUAUUGCUGCGUCGUGGCGAGAAUGGUUUUGGUUUCACGCUUCGUCAUUUCAUCGUUUAUCCGCCAGAGUCCUGUUGCAUGCUACCGGACAACGAGCGAACGAGAAUCGACGAGCCGAUGGACACGAUAUUCGUGAAGCAGGUUCGAGCAAAUUCGCCAGCAGCUGAAGCAGGACUACGCACGGGAGACCGGCUGGUGUCGGUGGACGGAAAGGCGACACGCGACGAGCAGUACGCGAAGGUUGUCCAGCGCAUUCAGCAGGCGGGUCCUUGGCUCCGUCUGCUGGUCGUUUCCAAAGAGGAUGAUAUCCUGCAAAGAUAUUUUGGCGAGACGGCUCACAAUCCUGAAACGAAUCAACGACCACGGCUGCGGUCGCCGGAAAGAAGUAGCCACAAGCAGCGCAGGUCAAUCAGCAUGAUCCCCGGGUCGUCGCCGAGGGCGAGGCAGUCUUGGGUUUGCUCACCGACUAACUCGAUGCCUUUAGAAUCGGAUCAGCCGAUCGACGACUGCCUGUCCACUCGGGAGCAGGUGUUCUGUCGACCGGAGUUCUCCAAAGAAACGCGAAUGAACGAGGACCGAACGUCACGGUCGCAGUCUCAGUUGCAGACGCAGUCCAAAGGCGUGACGUACCGCAAACCUCUGCAGGAGAUCGCUGCUCGGUACGAGUCGGUUCACCAGAAGCUACCGUUGCGGAAUUCUUUUCAGUCCACGGACAGCUCGCCCGACAUGCAGUCCUGCGACAAGUCGAUGCUGUCGGACACUCUGAAGUCUGACAAAUACGAUUGCUGUGACCGAACGCGUUGCGAGAGUCUUUAUUCCAGAGCGAACAGCGAUCAGAUUUACGACAGAAUCAAGGAUCCGAUAUACGAGAGGGUUCGAGUCGGAGAACCAGUGAGAUCCAACACGGAGGAACACCGUUCGCACCAUUACCCUCAUCAUCGUUCUCAUCACCAUCAGUAUUAUCAAUCUCAGCCGCAACAAUAUUCGAGCCUGACGGGAUUCCCUAUGUCUCGAGCGGAACCACAGGUGCCUAUCUACCGUUCAGCCACGAGGAGGGUGACUCUGCGUCGCGCUAGCGAAGGAAGUACCGGUAGCUCUACGUUAAACAAUUUUGACUCCGCGAGUUACGCUAGCACGGACGCUCUUAGGUCCUGUGAUCACGAUUCGAGGUUCAGCAUCGACUCUCGUAGGGACUCGUCGCUGGUCGCCGCCAACGAAUCCACGUACGAUUCCGCUUGCGCGCUGUUGGGUAACGAGGGAAGCAGAAACGAGUCCGUCAGUAAUCCAACCAUCGGAAACUCAGGCAUCGACGACUCCGUCAUCAUGACGAGGCUUCGCAAAAGCUUCGAACAGAAGGAAGAGUUUCUACGAAGACCGAGUCACCCGAUAGGGUUGUUUCUACCCGAUCAGAAGUCUGAGCCUCGGAACGAGAGUUCUGCCACUGCGAUUCCGCGGGAAUUUUACGCGCGGCCGCAGAAGCUUCAGAGGCAGAUCUGGCCACCGAACGAGCCGAAGCAGGAGCAACGACACCCUUCGAGUUCAAGAUCCGCUCAAAGCAGAAGCGCUCCUGGAAAAGCGCCCUCGGACAAGAGUCAGCCCUCCGACAGAGGGCAGAGGUUCGCAGCUAACUCGACGGAGGACAUCGAAUAUUUGGUAGAACCUCGAAACAACCGGCUCGACGAGUCCUUCAACGCAACUCGCUCGCUAGACCGCGCCCGCGAGCAGAUGUUGAGCGACCGACUGUACGUUCCGUCCGUCUACGAUGACCAUCGAGACACAUCCGACUGGAAGGAGCUACCCGACAGGCAGCAGCAGCAGCAACAGAUGCACAGAAGCGCCGGCAAAUCCAAUAACUUUGUAGGAACCUUGUCGAAGAUACAAGAGAACAUCGCGAGUACCGGAGUUCUCUUCUCGGGAGAUCGACGGUCGGACGCGAACAACGGCGCCUCUUCUCUGCCUUCUUCUCCCGGACCAGAGAAGAAGGUGAACGACAAGUUCUCGCCGCUUCCUCAAGGACUGCAGAUUGUAUCGAGACGCGCUAAGCAGUUCGAGUCGGGUCGUUUGAUGAGCGACGAUGAUGAGCCGACUGGAGACCGCACUAAUCUUUACAAGAGCGAGCUGUCGAGAUUGUCGAACAAACGCAGCGUGCCGAAUGUGGCUGUGCGGAAAAGGGAAUUCGAGUCGAAGGCGGAGGCUCAGGAACCGAGGAGACUGAUUCCGUCUAGGGAGACCAAGUCCUUGGACACUGGUAGCGGAUUAAAGGGGAACAGAGUAAUUCCUGUAGGCAGCACUCGCAUCCAUUGUGAACCGCCGGCCAGCUAUCGUGCGAUCGAAGAGACGCCGAAUUUGAGGAGCUUGGACGAGGACGAAAACGCACAAACGAGGAUUCGUAGUAGCAGUGUGGAGUCGUGGGAUUCGAUGAGCGGGUCUGGGAAUUCUCAGACAGCCAGGCAUCGAUGGUCUCAGCGACCGGAUGAUGAGAGAAGACGUACCAAGGAUGAUGGUCGAUAUGAUGGGACUAAUGCUAACUUUGCUGAUAAUAGUUCGGAGAAGUCCUCUAGGAAGGAUACUUACGCGCAAAUUAUUGAGACAGAUCGUGGUGCACUGCCGGAUAAUGCGAUGCAAGGUAACGGAGUGGUGUUCAGACGGCAGAAGAACGCUCAGAUAGCGGAUGAAGAUCGAGCCACGCGGAGGGUGUCGUACUUGAAGGCCACAUGGGGCGAGCGAAUGCACGUCGACAGCGAUCUGGAGUUAAGCGACUCGGAACCAAUUCACGGUUCGAGAAGUAAUACAUGCAGCGAGGAGACCAACAUCGUGAAGGACGUCGGGCAGGUUGGACAGGUGGAACGAGAAGGACCUUUGCAUGUGAAGUUCACUGUACUCGAUGGCAAGCGAUCUUCCGACCGUUCGUGGAAGCAAGUGUGGGGCGUUCUUCGUGGACCGAUACUCUUCUUUUAUAAGGAUCGUCAAAAUCAGAGUCCUUCGUUAGCCAACGACGGUGAAAACGUAGCGCAAAGCGUGGACGUCAGAUGCUCCCUCGUGGACAUCGCCGAGAAUUACACAAAGCGUAAGCACGUGCUGCGACUAGCGAAUCCGAACGCGGAGGUCCUGCUGCAAACGGAAGACGCGGCGUCGAUGGCGCUUUGGUUACGAGCAUUGCACGAGCACGCUGCCGCUGAAAAACCAUCGGAAGUUGCGCACAACAGUACCUUGAAGCAACAAGCCGUCCCGCAGACACCUUGCUCUACCAGUAACUCUUCGACGUGUCAGACAAUCGCGAACACCAACUCGAUAACGAUACCGAGCAACGGUGGCGUUGGUGUAGGUGCUGGGGGGCAGAGGUUGAGCCCCCUGCCAGGGCACAAAAGCAUCAAGAAGCUGACUUCGUUCAGGAACCGAUCGCCGACUGGUCAGUCGCCGAUCAACAAAACCCGCAAGCCGAGUCAGACGAUCGAGAGUUUAAUUUCACCAAAGACGAAGACGUGGAAAGGCAGAGUCGCGAAGCAGCUUCGACGAAUGCACGGGCAGUCGGGGCCUCCUUCUUCGCCGACCACGCAAUUACCGCCUGAGGGUGCCACUUUCAGAGUACCGCUUGAACUGUGUCCACCGUCAUCGUUCUCGGAGUACGUGCCGCUGAUCGUCGAGAUGUGCACGAGCAUCGUCGAAGCGAGGGGUCUUGAAGUGGUCGGAAUAUACAGAGUGCCUGGCAACACAGCUGCGAUAUCGCACUUGACGGACACCGUGAACAAAGGAUUCGAAAAUAUCAAUCUCCAGGAUCCAAGAUGGAGCGAUGUGAACGUGAUAUCGUCUCUCCUGAAGUCUUUCUUCCGUCAACUUCCCGACUCGUUGCUCACAGCAGAAUUGUAUCCCAUGUUUAUCGACGCCGAUAAAGUUGAGGAUCCGCAGAGGAGGAUGACAACGAUAAGGAAGCUGCUGAGGGACCUACCCGAACAUCACUUCGAGACGCUCAAAUAUUUGAUGUUCCAUUUGAAGAAGAUUGUCGAGCACAGCGAGAUUAAUAAGAUGGAGGCGAAGAAUUUGGCUAUCGUGUUCGGUCCGACGCUGGUUCGGGCGAGUGGUUCCAGGGAUAAUAUGGUCACCAUGGUUACCGACAUGUCGCACCAGUGUCGGAUAGUUGAGAGUUUGCUGAACAACGUUGACUGGUUUUUCUCGGACGACGACCUGGACGAUUUAAGCAGGUUGAGCGUUAACCUUAGCCUUCCGGCCGACACCAGCGAAAUCGACGCAACCUCGAGCAAUAAUCACAAUCUGUUACUGAACAACAUUCAGAAGGUAGAAGGGGUACGAGAAAUGGCGUCCGCUAAGGACAUCGUGUCGUCCAUUAUAUCUGCAGCGAAUCGUAAGAUACAGAGGAGGAGGAAGGUUCAAGACGAGACUGACAACGAGAAUCAUGAAGUCGAAAAGACGAGGACGAAACCGGAAGCGGAGAGCUUACCGAACCGACAGAGUAUGGCGCUGAACGAACGGCAGUGUUCUGUGAGCGAGAUGGUGUUGAUGCACGAGAACAAUAGUCAGUCGAAUCGUUCCGUCGAUCGGGCUUCGACCAUGGAAGCCGCAAUCAAUCUUGCGGACGGUGGUGAUAUAAAUGGCGGUGAUAAUGGAGGAGGCAAUAGAAACGACGGUGAUGAGGGGAAUGAUGUGAAAAUAAAGCCGGAGAGUGCGGCAAACGGCAACGAUGUUAGCUCCGACAGAUCAAGGAAAUACUUAAAUCCUUCGGUCGAGUCGAUCGAAUCGUCGAUUCAACCUGCUCGUCGCUCGGCCGUCUCGUCGGCUUCCGAGUCGCCGUCGCGACUCUCUAGCGAGACUGGCCUGAGCUUCUUCGACACGAGUUCGACGCUCUCGAGCGCAUCGAACGACACCAAACAGAGUAACGACGAGGUCGCCAUAAGAACCUACGCGGGGCUCAGCGCGACUACCCAAGAACGUAUACGAAGAUUCGAGCAAGAAACGAAAGCGAUGCUGCAGAGGGAUCAGAAUCGACAGAGGCGGGAGGCCGAGAAGAGGGAAGAGGAACGACGGAGGAUAGAAAUGCAGUGGCAAUUGGCGAAACGUGAGAUGGAGAACGAUGACUUACUGGAUAGCAUAGUCGACACUACCGUCACCCCACCUUAUCACCGUCUUUCUACAGUCGACAGACCUGCCGAUCAGUCUUUCGUCGAUGUAACAUCUUUGUCAUCGCCUCGAAUUCCACCUUUGUCCAUUGCCGUGCAGCAACAACCUUCCACCGCCAGAAGAGUGUCGCGAUUCACGGAGGAACCCGCCACCACAUCGUCGGAGACGGUAGCGAAUAAUUUUGUUAAGAAAAUGAAAACCGACGCGGAGCCAGUGACCGAACAACCAACGACGCUGUCACCUGUUCGCUAUGGUAGCUUGGAUUCUCUGCACGAAACGCACGACGCCCGAUCGUCGCUCUCGCCGACUAACCAACGUCGAAAACCAGUCUCCAGCGACGUUUCGGAUGAUGGUAGCGAUCUUCUGACCAGCUUGACGACCACGUUUGAUCGUAAAUGGAGAUCCUUGCUGAAUUCGUCGAAUCAAGAUCGCUCCGCUGCGGAGAGCGUGUCUUUCAACGACGAGGAUAACUCGAGAAACCCGCGGAGCGUGCCGGAAACUGUCGAAGACACGGAACGGAAAACUCAGUCGAUCGAAACUUAUCGAGAUCCGAGCCUUCAUAGAUCAUCCGUUGACAAGUACCAACUGGCUCGUCCAAAAAAUGACGCUCCGGAAAAGGAUACGGACUCGUCGGUAGCAGCGGAGAACAACAGGAACGUCGACCGGUCGGACGACGACGUGCCGGACAACGACCGCAGCGCCGUGGUGUUGAGGAAAAUUGAAUCCAACAAAGAAACGACUGAGCCAGACUCAACAUCCACGUCGACGUCGAACGAGACUCAAGAAUGCUGCAACAACGAAAAGGAAGCAGCCGCGUCGACGCGCACCGACAAAAGCAACGACGCCAGGGACUUUCGACACGACGUCGAAUCGAAUUAUUCGAACAAGCUCGAGAAAUUUGAGAGUCUGACGAACUUCGAGGUUCGCUCGCGACUCAAAAGGUCGGAGUCUUUGAACAAGAGGUCGGAGAACGCUUGUUCGAAGCUGAAGAGGUCCGAGAGUUUGAACAAGCAUUCCGUCGAGAGGCUGUGUUCUCCGAGCAACGGUAAACUGAAGAGAUCCGAAAGUUUGAACAAACACUCGGAAAGGUCCGAUUCUCCGAACAGUAAACUGAAGCGGUCCGAGUCGUUGACGAAGACUGAGAAGACGGAGUGUAAUAUUAGCAAGAGACGGCAGUCCGUCAGGAAGGACAGCGCGACGAAAUUGAAGCGAAAAAACGGUAUGCCUGAACGGUCCAUCAAACGCAGGCAUACCGUAGGUGGUACCAAGGAUUUCGACAAGGUGCAUUGGCUGGACAACAAGCUGCAAGUGGAGACCGAGAGGGUAGUCAAGAACGAGUACAGGCCGAAGAAAAGUCAAUUGAGAACGAGCUCGCCUGAUCUGAGUACCGCUCGCAUCGGACUCACCGAUGCCAGCUUUCUCAUCGAGGUGAGCUUUCGUGGACCGAGCAACGUCGUCUUCAACGUGACCAACGCUCGUCCACAAUCCUUACCGGACACCACUCUGCCUUCCAAAGUAUACAAAGUACCGCUCGAGAGUCACGUUUAACGUGGGUCCGUGUUCAACGAGAACAGCGAUUUAACGAAAGUAACCGAGAGGACAUCGUUCGACGCUCUACGAACGUUUCCUUCCUUCCAACGAAGCAUUUUUUAUCGCAGCGAUUUACUCGAUCGUCAAUUAUUUGCAUUACGUAUCCUAUGCUCGAAUCGUACUCGUGUGCAAUUUUUUGUAUAUAACUAAUUCAUAAGUUGUCUAAUCGUCGAACGACUCCGAGUCGAAACGUCGUUAGCCUUGAACGCGCGUUUAACGCGCAAAGUACUUUUUACCUUUUACUUUUUACUUUUUAAUAACCGAUGCGACGACCGUGUAGCUUUCUGGACGUAUCGACUGCACGGUUGUCGUUUUGGUCGACUUUUUUCAACGUUUAGCGUUUAACGUUUGACGCGUAAUCGUUUGUAUACGUUAAGGGCACAUUUUCGGUAGAAUAGCGACGCAAGAAUUCGUGCAACGCGUUGCUUCACUUGUUGGGAACGAUGCUCGUUCCUUUUCUUUUUUCUUUGAUUAUAUCGAUUGUUUAUACUUGAUACGCUUGAUGUGACCGAUAUUCGCUUUAUAGUUGAAUCGCGCGGUUAAACGCGUUGGCGCAUUGCUGGUCGACGAUCGAUGAUCGCUGAUCGAGAACCGUCGAAUCGUACAGGGCAGGGCGUUUCGUCGUCAGCCUGACAAUCGAUUUUCUUACAUUUGUAAAUAAGCUAAUACGCGUAAGGGAAUGAAAUUAUAGGCCGACGGUAAACAGUAUUUAUUUUAAAUCCAUAACGAUCGUGAUACAUAUAUUGUUAUUUAUUAAAUGUAUUGAGAUUCCGCUAUCAAGGAAUUCUUUAUCUUUCUGUAUUACUUAUUGUACGGAGAUUACGGUACAGUUUGUAAAUAAAUCUUAUAUAUUGAUAAUUU